AAAAAGAAACACGCUUAGGUUGUAAUAUGGUCUGAAUUUCAAGACUAAGUACUAAGUACAAGCUGUGAUUCAGAAUCGACUGCUCCACAUGCCUGAGAUCGGCGAGAGGAAUCAGCAUGAAAACAUCGUGAAUAGUGGUUUUUCGCCGAAUUCAUAAGAUCUGAAGACCUAUGAGAAGGAAGUAAAGAUGGUGAAAGAGCAAUUUCGGGAAACAGAUGUGGCUCGAAAGAUAAGCCAUGUUUGCUUUGGCCUGAUGUCGCCAGAGCAGAUGCGGCAGCAAGCAACCAUCCACGUUGUAAGCAACAAGCUGUAUCAACCCGAUACCCGCAACCCCAUCCCGUAUGGCGUCUUGGACCAUCAUAUGGGCACAAGCGAGAAGGAAAACCCGUGUCAAACCUGUAAGAAGACCUUAGCUGACUGCGUGGGGCACUAUGGCUUUGUGGAUCUCGAGCUGCCUGUGUUUCACAUUGGUUUCUUCAAGCUAGUCAUGAACAUCUUGCAAGCAAUAUGCAAGACCUGCGGACAUAUUCUCCUAAACGACGAAACCCAUCAGAACUUUGUGGAUGCCUUGCGACGUCCCAAUCUCACCUACCUUCAGAAGAGGGGACUACGAAAGAAGAUUCACGAAAAGGCGCGCAAGAACCAGAUCUGCUUCCAGUGCAAUUCUUAUAAUGGACCUGUCAAGAAGUGUGGUCCUCUUAAGAUCAUCCAUGAAAGAUGGAAGGUGAAUCGGAAGAACCCAGAGAAGGUCCUGAAGCAGUUUCAGAGUUCCCUCGAUACAGCCAUGGAACAUAACAAGGACAUUGAGCCAUUACUUCCAAAGGCACAGGAGAAUAUGAACCCAUUGAUGGUAUUGGAAUUGAUGAAAAGGAUACCAAACGAGGAUAUUCCACUGUUGUGUAUGGACACAGAGAACAGCCGUCCUCAAGACCUCCUCUUAACACGGCUCCUAGUCCCUCCUCUGUGUAUUCGACCAUCCGUCGUAUCGGACCUCAAAGCGGGAACGAACGAAGAUGACUUGACGGUGAAGCUCACGGAGAUCAUCCUGAUCAACGAUGUCAUCCAAAAGAGAAGAAGAGCAGGAGCAAAGAUGUCGAUGAUCAUGGAAGACUGGGAUUUCUUGCAGCUGGCCUGUGCUCUGUAUAUCAACAGCGAAACAUCUGGACUACCCCUCAACAUGCAGCCCAAGAAGCCAACCAGAGGAUUCUGCCAGCGUCUGAAGGGCAAACAAGGUCGUUUCCGUGGUAACUUGUCCGGCAAGCGAGUAGACUAUUCCAGCAGGACCGUCAUCUCUCCUGAUCCAAACUUGAGAAUUGAUGAGGUGGCUGUCCCGGAGCAUGUUGCCAAGCUGUUAACCUACCCCGAGAAGGUCACCAAGUCCAACAUGUCCCUGAUGAGGAAACUCGUCAUGAACGGGUGUGACGUUCAUCCGGGAGCCAACUUCAUCCAUCAGAGGCACACGCAGAAUAAAAUGUUUUUGAAGUACGGCAAUAGACAGAAAAUGGCUCAAGAACUCAAGUAUGGUGACACCGUUGAGAGGCAUCUGAUAGAUGGGGACAUUGUUCUCUUCAAUCGUCAACCAUCUCUCCAUAAACUCAGCAUCAUGGCACACAGGGCGAGGGUGAAGCCGUUCCGUACCUUUCGUUUCAAUGCCUGUGUGUGCACCCCCUACAAUGCAGAUUUUGACGGUGAUGAGAUGAAUCUGCAUUUACCUCAGACGGAAGAAGCAAAAGCAGAAGCACUUACACUCAUGGGGGUGAAAUCCAAUCUUGUUACACCAAGGAACGGGGAACCACUGAUUGCUGCGAUUCAAGACUUCAUUACAGGUGCCUAUCUGCUGACCUCCAAGGAAGUGUUCUUUGAUCGAUCCAGAGCCUGUCAGCUAAUCUCGGCGAUGCUGUCCAGCCGAGAAACCAACAUGAGGAUCACGCUUCCUCCUCCUGCUAUUCAGAAGCCUGUUAGAUUGUGGACUGGCAAGCAGGUGUUUAGUCUUAUUCUCAGACCCAACUCAAACAGUGAUGUAAAGGCUAACCUCCGAAGCAAGGGAAAGAACUAUUCCUCUGGAGAGGAUCUGUGUGUCAACGAUUCCUACAUAGUUGUCCAUAACAGCCAGUUGAUGUGCGGAGCCAUGGAUAAGAGCACACUGGGGUCUGGAUCCAAGAAUAAUAUUUUCUACAUCUUGCUAAGGGACUACGGUGAAGAAUACGCAGCCGAUGCCAUGAGUCGAAUGGCUAAACUCUGUCCUGCCUACCUCAGUAACCGGGGUUUCUCCAUUGGUAUUGGUGACGUCACUCCCGGCACAGGUCUACUCCAGGCUCAGAAGCAGCUUCUGCAUGCAGGGUACUCUAAGUGUGAUGAAUACAUCAAGCAGCUGGAAGUUGGCAAGCUCCAAACUCAAGCAGGAUGUACGGCUGAGGAGACAUUGGAGUCGAUGAUCCUUAAAGAGUUGUCAGUAAUCCGAGACCACGCUGGUAAGGCUUGUCUGAGAGAAUUACACAAGAGCAACAGCCCUCUCACUAUGGCUGUUUGUGGGUCCAAAGGAUCAUUCAUCAACAUCUCACAGAUGAUAGCAUGUGUCGGACAGCAGGCCAUUAGUGGCAAGAGAAUCCCCAACGGCUUUGAAGACCGGGCGCUUUUCCACUUUAACAGACAUUCUCGUAUCCCGGCGGCCAAGGGGUUCGUGAAGAAUAGUUUCUACUCGGGAUUGACCCCAUCAGAGUUCUUUUUCCAUACCAUGGCAGGGAGAGAAGGUUUGGUUGAUACUGCUGUAAAGACUGCCGAGACAGGUUACAUGCAGAGGAGACUUGUUAAGUCAUUGGAGGACCUGUGUUCACACUACGACCAGACAGUACGUAAUUCGAUGGGAGACAUCAUACAGUUCAAGUACGGAGAUGACGGUUUGGACCCGGCAGCCAUGGAAGGGAAGGACAAGCAGGUCGACUUACCCAGAGUCUUGCAACAUGUUCAGAACAAGUACCCAUGCAAGAAGGAGUAUUCCAUGGGAAGCAUUGACAUCCGGAGAACGGCCAGUCAGAUCAUAGAGAGUAAAGAGUUUGCCGAGUGUAGUCAGGAAUUCAGGACCGCGCUAAGGGACUUCGUAGAUGAAUGCUGUACUGCUCUUCAGAAGAGUCGACGUGCCUACAAGAUUGAUGAAGCCCAGACGGAACCUGAUGUCUUGUAUCAGCUUCAUCGAAUCACGUCAACGCAGCUUCGUCGCUUCUUGACCAUGUGCAGGUCCAAGCAUCAGAGGGCCUGUAUUGAACCUGGGACGACGGUCGGUGCCCUGGGAGCUCAGAGCAUCGGGGAACCGGGAACUCAGAUGACCCUCAAGACUUUCCAUUUUGCUGGAGUCGCUUCCAUGAAUAUCACCUUGGGUGUGCCUCGGAUCAAGGAGAUCAUCAACGCCAGCAAGAACAUCAGCACCCCCAUCAUCACCGCCCAGCUCGACGUCGUGGACGACGCCGACUUCGCCCGCCUGGUCAAAGGUCGCAUCGAGAAGACGUUGCUGGGCGAGGUCAGCGAGUACAUCGAGGAGGUCUUCCUCCCCGAUAACUGCUUCGUGCUCAUCAAGUUGGACCUAGACAGGAUCAGGCUGCUCAAGCUUGAAGUGUCCGCAGAAAGCAUCUGUAUGUCAAUCUGUGCUUCAAAACUCAAGGUUAAACCCGGUCAACUGCAAGCUGUAGCCGAAGACCUGAUAACCGUGGAACCAGCAGAGAGUAGUAAGAGCUCCAUGUACUACAAUCUUCAGUUCCUGAAGCAGAGCCUGACUGAUAUAGUCAUACAGGGAUCUCCUAACGUGAACCGUGCUGUCAUCCACAUUGAUGAGAAAGGAGGCAAACAGAAACUCAAGUUAUUGGUAGAAGGAGAUAACCUACAAGGAGUUAUUGCAACAAGGGGAGUGAAGGGAACACAUGCCACAUCAAAUAACACUUAUGAGAUGGAGAAGACAUUGGGCAUUGAAGCAGCGAGACGCUGUAUCAUGAGUGAGAUUGAAUACACGAUGGUGAGCCACGGAAUGAGCAUCGACCAUCGUCAUGUCAUGCUACUGGGUGAUCUUAUGACGUACAAGGGUGAAGUUCUUGGUAUCACUCGCUUCGGUCUUGCCAAGAUGAAGGAGAGCGUGCUCAUGUUAGCAUCUUUUGAACGGACCUCUGAUCAUCUCUUUGAUGCUGCCUAUUUUGGACAAAAAGACGCCAUCUGUGGUGUGAGUGAAUGCAUCAUAAUGGGCAUUCCUAUGAACGUUGGAACGGGAAUCUUCAAGCUUCUUCACAAGUCAGAUAAACCAGUCAGACCCCCUCAGAGGCAUCUUCUCUUUGAUAAUCCAGAGUUACACCUUCCAGGCACCGACUUAUGACACCAAACGCUGAAUGCAAGGAGACAUCUACACAACACCUUACAAUAGACACUGAAGUGUAAAGAACACUAAAUGCCAACUUAUGGAAGGAGGUGGGCAUAAAAGGAUCCACACCUUGGCAGAGUUAUUUAAUUGAUGCAGACGUUGAGCCCCUGAUCACUUCCGUUAAAGCCCCAGAAGCAUGCACAAGUUUUGUUUUAGGUGUUAACAUUGCACCAAAGCUCUCGACACAAGAAGAUAAGUGGACAAGUGGAAUAAUGGAUCAUUUAUUUUUGGCGUUCACUUCUGACAUCUAACACCAACUCAAGAGAGAGUAAUAGAUUUUAACUUGGUUUAACAGGUGGCGUCACACCAGGUUCUUGUUCAACAAUCAAAGUAAAUAUAGUUGCAUGUACUCUUAACGAAAGGGCCCAGUCCAUGGGCUGGUUUCAUAAAGGACUUAUGUAACUUUGCCAUAAUGGCAACUACCAUGGUAACAGGGCUCAGCAGCCAAUCAGAAUCAAUGUUUCCAUGGUAGUUGCCAUAAUGGCAAAGUUACAACAGUUGCAAGUCCUUUAUGAAACGGACCCCAUGUCUUUUGGAAAUUAUUGUUUAUACAUGACCCCAUCGUGAAAUGUAUGAAAAUCAUUUAUACACUAUCCAUCAAAAUUGAGUACCCACUUCAUUGAUGUUAUUAUGAUGGAUUGAUGAGCAUUAAUUAGUAUGCAGCUUCUUUACUUUGAGUUAAAAAAGAAUUUAGGAUAAAGGUUGAAGUCAUAUAUAACGGUGCAUCCCACAAUAAUUAUCGUUUAUCAUAACUUAAUCACAAAUACAAAUAUCAUGGUAAACCUUUGUACCUCUUUCAUCUGCUGUAAGUCCUCAUUAAGGCAUGAGAGAGUUACUUUGUGGAUGGUAUUUGAAUUUCAAAAAGAAAAUCAAACAUGUUGAAUUUGAUACUGCAUUCACAGGAAAUGGUCUAGAUUUAACAUGAUGCUUGAAUUCCAAUAAUUUCAUAUUAGGAGUUUAAUGAAGAUGAUUAACCUUGCAAUUACUAUGGCAGGACAUCCUUGGAACAUGAAUUGAGCAUUAUGAAACAGAUCAUCAUUAUCAUUUUCAGUGACUGAGGUAUCAAAUAAGCCAGUUCGUAGUUCCAUUCUGCGCAUGAUCAGAAGAUUCUGCGCAUGAUCAGAGAAAGGUCAUUUGUACUAAAGUGGCAUGGUGGUUUAAAAUUUAAUGAGAUAAGCACCAACUUUGGUGUCUUGAUUAUUCAUAUAUUCUUUUCAAUUGUGUUAUUCAUUUGCAUCCACAAAGAACAAAAAUGCGUCCACGACUGGUAUUUCACCUCAAUUUGCCAAGUACAUUGUACAACACGCUAUAAUAUUCAUUCAAAGUAGAAAUGCAACAAAUACCUUCAUGGAGUCUUCAAUGGUGUGCUAUUCUAGACACCUGGUAUAAUUCAAUUUCUUCAUCCUGCUAUGUAAGGCAUGCAUAUGUUAUAUCCUGCUUUGAAAUCUGCCUAUCAUAAUGAAAUAAAUGAAAGGUCAUUUGACCAAAAUUGUCCCUGAUGUAACUACGAACUGGUCUAUUAAAGAGCAGAUUUGAAACUUGUUUCACUCAUGCAUAAACAAGGAAUUAGAGGUGAUAAAUGAAUGAUAAUUAUUGAGUAUCACUAGUAGCAAUGUAAUUAAGUUACCAACAUAAAGCGGGUCACAUGUGCCGCUGAAAAUAAAAUUUGUCCACCAAAUAUGAACUAAUUUAAUACAGACAUUGCUGCAACCUAUUUUGUUACAAGGGAGACAUACAUGUAUCAUACACAUGUGAGAAAAAAAAUACACACAUGACACAUGUAUGAAAAAUUAAAAAAUAUCAAAUAAUCCAGGAAAUUGGGGGACAUGACAUCAUCAGCCCAUCUUGGUGAAAUUUAUUAUAAGAUUUAGAUUAUCUGGGAUAAGGGGUAUUUAGAUAGUGCAUACACUAAGCACAAGAUGUGUUGAAUUUACCCCACUGCCCAAGUUCCUCAAGACACCAGGGGCCCGUCUUACAAAGAGUUACGAUUAAUCCAAGCAGUCGUAACUAUGGAAAUCCAUCAGUGUCAUAAUUUUUUCUACAGAAAAUUUGCAUAAUGUCCUUUGUAAACAAAGAGAAGCACAGUGAAUUUUGAAGAAAACAAUUCAUGCAUGAAUAUACGUCAAAGCUAGAGAAUAUUUUGAACAAGCAUGCAUAAUACAUGUUGACGUUCCUGGCCGUCCAUAGUUGCGAUCGAUCGGAUAAAUCGCAACUCUUUGUAAGACGGGGCCCUGGUAUAUUGCCAGAGGCAUUCUACUCAAAUUGUUGAAAUAUGUUAAUAUACAGGGACAGAGCGGCUUAUAUGGUGACUUAGUGUCGGAAGCACAAAGUUGAAAAUUGGCUUCCUAAGUUUCAUGCUUUGCUGAUCUAAAAUCUGCCACGCAUUAUCCAACUUUGAGGGCUCAUAUUGCUUUAUAUUUCGCAGUGUAUGGAAGAGCAAUCCCUCACAUUUUUCAUGGAUAACUUAAUCAUAUCAGGGCAUUCAUUGAUUUAAAUUCGUAGUGGUGCCACCCUUGUAUUUACUUAUAUUUGUUUGGGGAAGGAGCCCAACCUUCCCUACUCAUGCUUUAAAUGAGCUUCUCUAAAGAAUACAUCUACAAAUAAAACUGGUUUAUUUACUUUACAUGAGAAA